GGUUUCGCCAAAAGGCAUAAAAACAUAAGGGCAGCUUGGUGUGAGAACAUUCAAGAACGAACAAAUUUGUAAGAAGUGAAACCUUACAUCAUCAAAACAUUAAAUCAAAAAAGUGUUAACUGCAUACUUUCCAAAGCAAAGAAAUGAAUACCGAAAUCGAAUACGCCGUUAAUUAUUUGGCAGGUACCAUCCAGGAAAGACUUAGUGGAAUAGACGAAAGUAAAAUUGAAAUGCUUAGAGUAAAACUCACUGGAAUGCUAUGUGAUAGGUUUGAGAACCACUGGUAUCCAGAUAAACCGCUAAAGGGAAGUGCAUACAGAUGCGUAAACAUUAAUAAAGAUGACAAUUCUGUUGACACUGUGUUACGCCGUGCUAUUUCUGAGAGUAAUAUUUCAAUGGAUGAACUAUUACAGGUAUUUAGUCAUGGACUUGCCUUGUGGAUAGAUCCAAACGAUGUUUCCUGUCGCUUGGGCAAAGGAGCCAUCUUUCCUAUCUAUAGGAAAAUAGCUGAUAAUUCUAAUCGGGCAGGAUCUCCACCUCUUGGACAUAGACCACAGCAAAGACCUAGAUCUAAAACUCCUCCUAAUAAUACCUACAACGCAGGACAUCAUCUACAAAGAUCCCGCUCCACCACCCCGCCUGGUUUCAGCAGUAUGGAUGCUGGACAAUUGUUUCAGUCAAUCCGUGCUAAACCAUCUUACUCUGCAGAAAAUUUACACAAGCUAUGGGACACAAUUCCAAACACAACAACUUACAGUCAACGUACAACCUCUUCAACUCUCUCGUAUACAUCCCCUUCAUCAACUUCAUCUGCAUUUUCCUACUCACCAAAUGAUGCUGUAUAUUCAUUUAACCAAUAUAGUAGUUAUUACAAGCCAAACUCAACAUACUGGAAAAAGAAUUAUCAGUCAAAUAAGCCGAUAAAACCUUUAUGGCAAAAUGACGAUGUUUACCAACGUUACCACUGGUCACGAAAUGAAAACUCUGGAUCGACAGCAGGUAAUAAUGUGGAGUUCAACAAAUUCAAUAACUAUGGCUAUCAAUAUGCACAACACGCACAAGAAGUGUGUUAGGAAUUUUUUAUUUUUGAAAAUAUAUUAUGUUGUCUAUAUUAGAUAUUGAGUAUAUAUUGGUCUGUUUCAAACUUUCAAAUUAAUGCUUUCAAUGAAUUACGUGAGCGUACAAUUUGAAAAUUGCAUUUUUUACAUCUUAUGUAGCGUCUUUUUAUGUGUUUUUGGUUUUAAACCUGUAUAUUUUCAUAAUAUGAGGUUUUAUUUUGAAAAGUUACAUUUCUGUAAAUUAUAUAUAUAUGUAUAGAUAAAACUCUUUUUAAAAAGGGGAUAUAUUAUUUAGAAAGUUCUGUAAAAAAGUUUGUGGAGAUGCAACAUCCUACAUAUUAUUAGUAUAAUGUGGAAAUAAAUUUUUGUGAAUAUAAAGUUUUUAAUAUUAAUAUUUGUCUAUAUAAGCUUAUCUGGUCCGGAUUUUGUAUAUUUGACAACAGAAAUGAAUUUUUCGUUUAGUAAGAAAAAAUAUGAAGUAUAAUAAAA